AUGAUAAACGAUUCUUCGACAACAAGUUCAAGCCUCUCGGUUCCAAAGGCUGACAUGAAGAAGCUGGACAAUGAGAUCCAGAGCAUUCUUGCGCAGUUUGAGAAACCGAGGGAGUGGGCUGAUUUAACAAACUGUUUGGUCCGCCUCUACCGUAUAAUUAAACACUCAAAUAUCGCAACUAUUCCCUACAAGGAAACGAUUUGUAAGCGUCUGGCACAAUGUCUCAACCCGUUGCUGCCAAGCGGUGUACACAUUAGGGCAUUGGAAGUGUAUGGAGCCAUUUUGGAAAAGACCACUCCAGAAGGACUCGCAAAAGAUUUGGCCCUCUUUAGCACCGGGCUCUUCCCAUUCUUUCCAUUCAGCUCGAUCUCUGUGCGUCCAAUUUUUCUGGAUCUCAUUGAUCAGUACUAUAUCCCCCUGGGAACGAAACUUUUGCCUUGCCUCAUUGGACUGCUAAUUUGUAUCAUACCAGGUCUGGAAGAUGAAAAGUCGGAAACUUUUGAAAAGGUCUGCACUACGCUAGAAAAAAUUAGCAACUGCGUGUCAGAAAAGUUUUACAUGAGAGCCCUCUGGCUUAUCUUGUUAAAGGCUAGCAAGAUCCGUCUUCCCACCCUCUACGUCAUUGCUAACAAAUUAGCACCUGGAGUACCUCUCCUUCCUAUGGAAAGAGUUGAAGUACUGCUCCCAAAUCGCCAUAAUUUGGUUAUGAAGAGUCUAAAGGCAACAACUGAGGAUGAGUCCAUGCUUGUUCUUCGUGAGAUGAUAAAUUUGCUAACAAAACAUUUUCCCCUAGACUCGAGCACGUUUAGUCAUGAGGAAAAAUCAGACUUGUGCAAAGAGUGUCUAAAGUUGCUAAUUAAAAGAGAUUGGUCACUAACUAGAAGGUUGUAUCAGUGGAUAUUUAAUACAAAUGAUUUGAAUGAAUCAAUAGAGUAUGUAGAUUUGACGUAUUUUACAAAUCACUCUAAGAAUAUUAUCAUUAGUGCGGUGAAGGAUUUGCUCCUUACAAAGGGCAAGACUCUAGAAGAGGUCUUGAUGCCAAUAAAAAUUAUUGUGACAUUUAUUUCGGACAUUGAUAUGGCUGGUAUAACAGAUGAACUCAUGCCAGUGCUUUGCAUACCAAUUUUGCAGCAUAUUUGUAAGGAAAAUGAGGAACCUGAGUGGCGUGCAGCCAUCAUUCAAGAAACUCGUUUGAUAUUCAACACGAGUUUAACCUCAACAAGAGUUGUAUUCAAUGCUAUAAUUAACAAUUUUAAUGGUGUAAUUGGUGAGGGAGAUUACAGCUCUUCCAGCGUAUGGAGCGAAUUGCUGGAAUUGUGUAGUAUAUACUUGGAUGAAAUGCACACCAUUACAUUUUGUGAGACAGCGAUUUGUGGUCUAUUCAUGUUACUAGACAACUCUUUGAAUAAUCUACACAAAAUGGAUAUCAAGUAUAAUAUAUACAUAAUCAGCCAUUUGCUAAUGUAUACAUCAUCUAUUCUCUCUAGGAUAGAGACUAUUAUCAAGGGUGAAUGUAAUUAUUUUUGUUUUAAUGAAGUAAACUUGAUGGAAAAUGAAAUUGAAGAGAUUAAUGUGUUGGUGGAAUCACAAAAAUCUUGUAAUGACAAGAUAUCCCACUAUUUAAACACAUUUUAUUCAAUGGCUCUAGUCCAUUUUGAACAGAAACACAAUUAUCUCACAGUUUUCGAAUUGAACAUUAUGGAUGCGCUUAAUGAUUUGGCUGUAAGAUUUGUUGCACUUGAAGAUUAUCUUUCAAUUUUUCCAGUCACUCACUCCUUUGCACAUCGUGAUGCUUCAAAGGGUGAUCAGACAAAACAAAACGUUUCACUUGGUGUGACAAAGGUUGAUUUAACAAAGUUGGAUGAAACAUACUAUCCGAACCAAAGCUUGUCAAGAAUGUUGAGUAUAGGGUCCCUGGGUCUUCAUGGAUUCAGAAGUUCCAUUGCCCUUAGCAAUUCUUCAGGAACAAAUAGUUUUACUGACCCGGUGGCUGCUGACAAGAUAAAUUCAACUGAUCCCAUGGAUAAGUCGGCUGGAGAAGGAAAGGAACCAGAAUUGGAAAAUUGGAUAUCGUGUCUACUGAGCUGUGCAACUUCACCAAACCCUCAACUAUUUUGUCGUGGUAUUAGAACAUUCACAGAGCUUUUGCGGUUACCCAGUAGGAGCUUUUUGAAAAACUAUAUUUCUGGGUCUGGUAAGCACUUGCGCAAUAUUAUCUCACAGUUGUGGAAUAGUUUAGAUGAAAAGUAUGUUACAAGUCACUCCGAGAUUGUGCUUUUGUUGUUACAACUUAUUUCAACAAUUCCAAGGGCUAGAGAUGAAGCAGAAGUUAUCAUUGUUAAGGAUUUGACAACGCCAGUUGUUGAGUUAAAGAUUACCGCAAUAUUAAGGUUUGGUGUGUUUUGGCGCUUUUCUCAUAUCCAUGCACCGGACCAAAUUGUUUUCCCAGAGGCUGUUGGUUGUAUUUUGGAUAAUGUUGAAGAAUCUGACCCAAAGUUGCAUUAUUAUUCUCGGGCAUUCCUCUCAGAGUCUAUACACAUGCUCUCGCAUCUCUUGGAUCCCAUCAUUGCAUCUUUACUCACGUUUGACAAGAAUAGUUGCUCAUAUAGUUCGUAUAUUUGUGAGAUUUUGAGGAAAUUUAGGAAUUUGUCUUCAAUCGUCGGACGCGAGGGUCAGGCAUUGCUUGAUAUGAUGCAGCGAAGACAAGUACCAAUUAGGUUGUUGCGAUUGGUUCAAGGGGAAGAUGUAUAUAAUGAACUUUCUGGAUCAACGAGCUUCACUGGACGCUCGAAUUCUGAAUCCCCCAAAAGUGUUAAUUCCAAUUCCAGGGGAAACUCAGCCCUUUAUAAAAGUUCGGAUUUCUUUUCGGGAAGAUUUCAAACAGCUUCAUUUUCCACAAAUAAGUUUACAACUGCAAAUUUAGAACAAGAGGAUAAUACUAUGGCAUUUCCAAAAUUAGAUGAUCCUCAAAAGAUCUCAUAUAGUGAUAAGUGUAUUUAUGAUUACGUUGAUUUGAUUGUUGUUGUGACGCUAAAGUACAUUUGUCUUAAUGUGGAUAUUUCAUAUUUGCUAAAUAUAGAGAAGUUUGAGGAACUGUUAUCCUAUAGCGAAAUUAUUCAAAAUGCUGAACAUCCAAAGGAUAGUAUCAUUCAGGAAAAUACAAUGAUGUUUAGAUGUACUGCCAUUGACUUCAUGAAACUCUUUCUCUCAUGUAUACAACCUCCGAGCCGUGCAAAAGAGGUUGCUUGUUUGGUAUCUCGCCAUCUCCUUUGUGCGCUCUACCAUUUUCAUUUAAAGGAUGAAACGAUUAUUCAAACCCAAAUGAUUUAUCUUCUCAAGGUUGUCAUGGAUCGUUGUCAUUUAGAAACGAGUGGAUUGAGUAAAGCUACCUCUUCACUUCUUUUACUUGCAAAUAAUAUUUCAAAAUAUCCAUCUGAGCGUAAAUCACAUUUUAAACCCUCAGACUUCAGUACUUUUGCAGUUGUGAGUCACGAUGUGGCAAAGGGUUUGGAAGAAGAUGGAUCACUUAAACGCACAUUUACCACUGACACUAUUCCAGAGUAUGACUAUACUACCAAAUUUGGUAUCCAUAAGGAACAGAGUCUGGCUGAUGAUCUCUUGUCAAAUUUGUCAAGAGAUACAUUUGAUGGGAGGACUUCAGUGUUGCCUCCAGUGUAUAUUAUGAAUGUAGCACUAAUUAAAAAGGCUCAGUUGACGUCUCUAAAGAGACUAUCCGAUGAUGGGCUCUUUACAUCGAUCAUUGAUCAUUGCAUAAGAAAUAGUGCAAAGACAAAGAGGUCCCAUUUACUCCAGUCUUACAUUGACUUUUCAAUCUAUAACCUCAAAUAUCUUAGUGGGACGGAUGGUAUAAAAUAUGCGUCCUGUUUUAUUCAUGAAUUUUGCAAUGCUAUAAAUUUUGGAAAGGAUUGGAUCGGGAUUAGCGGGCUUUUCCACUAUCUUAGGGGUCUUUAUUUUAUGCUAAGCCAUGUUUCAGAAAAGGUUGUUGAUGAGGGUUCGAUUGUGCGAGAUUAUAUAAGACAAUCAAAGAGGACUUCAGCUGGAAUUAGUCUUCAUUCACUCAUUAGAGCGAAUAGCCUACAAAGUGAUGAUUCAAAUGAUGGAACCUCCUGGCAGAUUUUUGGGUUUGGUGGAAUGAAGCCAAAGAAAGUUGUUACUGACCCUGUAACUGAUGACUUUGUUAUUUUCGAUCUCUCGGAGGUCCUGGAAGUAUGUGUACAAGCAAUUAUUUGGGCAAAGGAUUCUCUAGAUAAAGAUUGGAAGGGAAAGAAGGAAAAUAGUAGACUACAUGAUAUCAUGACCUUCCCAGAAACGUCCCUGGGACAAGAAGCUGAGGAGGAAGACAAGAGUCAAGUUGACGUGAAAAGGACAACUGGGCGGGGGACUAUCCUAGGGCAUGAUACAAUGGCUCAGUCCUGCAGCACAGAGACCAUACGUUUGGACAUUAUCAUGUCAGUGGAAAAUAUAUCAAAACAGAUUAUGCGUCUCUUUAGACUCUUGUACGCUAGACUACCAUAUCAUUUUACAAAGGGGUGUUUACAUGUAUGGGAAAUUGCCGAAAAGUCUCCUAACAAGAGAGAAAUUAAGCAGAUUGUCUUAAACUUGAUAAGUUGUACACCGGACUUUUCUGCCCCAAAAACACUCGAGUACAUUCUGGAUAUGUUGGAGCCAUUUGCAAAGACAUCAAGUUAUCGUGAAAGUAGUGGAUAUUCUAUACUAAAUUCAAUGAUUCGCGAUUCUUCUGUAUGCGAAUUUAUUUACUCCAUAAUAACAAGUCCAAUUAUGCCAGAAGCUGAUACUGUAACAACAUACCAUGCACUUCAGAGAUGGAUAAAUUUGUCCCUUUCAUUCCCUCGCCAACCAUCAGUUUUUAUUUGGAUAUUCCACACGCUUGUUAAAUUUGACAAGGCUCAUCCAUGUAAUGAUGCCAAUGUCUUUACCAAAGUUUGUAAAAAACUCUUUAGUGAUUUAAUUCUGGUGAUAAUUCACCAAAGCGCUGGAUUCUACAUGCACAAGGUCUGUUCUUGGCUGCAACCAAAACUUUACGACUUGGAACCUCCAUUGCCCGUAAAUAUUUUGAUAAUAAACAAUAGGUAUUAUGGUAAAGAGUAUACGGUGGGGACUCUGGAAAAAAUGGGAACUAAAGGUUCCGCCAACUAUGGUCCUCUUGGUGAAAAUGGAGACUUUGCUAUGGGACCUAGUGAUUGUUGUUCUAACAAUGCACUGGCAGAGCUCAUAUUCUUCAGCUAUGAAAUUGGACAGCUAAACAGGAGGUCUUGUCUUACAAACAUUUUUUUCCAGACCCUCUAUAAGAAUCUAUCACCAUACAUUCUGCCAAUGUUGCAGGAUAAGCAGGAAUCAAUGCUUCACUAUCGCUAUCUCAUACUUUUGUUUUUGAAGAACCUUCCAUUUGCUCUCUACGAAGGAUCCCUCUUGUGCAUCAAAAAGUCCAUAAUUGAUCACAUUCAUAGUCCAGAUUUUUUCAAAACUGAUAGACGCUGCUUCCGUUGCAUAAUCAACAUCUUUAGAGACGUUGUAAAUGAGGAGUGCAAAGGUACUACGGACAGGCUGAUGAAACUUGACUGGUACACAUCACCUCCUCACACUUCUGUCUUUACCAGUCGUGUGGUAAAUAUACAAACUAGGAUAAAGUACCUCAAGAGGUUGGCGUUUGUUUUGUAUGCAUGUCAAAAUGAUACGUUUGCGGCACAUAUAUCAACUAUUAUUGAGCGUCUAGCUGAGAAUGCUAGGGCUUACGACGAUAAUGAGCUAAGGGCAAAAUGUUUGUUUGUAAUGAGGGUAUUGUUGAUUAAAAUGUCGCAACAGCAUUUAACCGUGUUAUGGCCUGUCUUGUUAUCUGAACUCAUUAAAAUCUUUGAUCGUGAACGAGAUAAUUUGAUUGGUAAAGAAGCCACUGCAAUCGUACCAGAAAUGUGCAAGUCAGCCUCUGGAUCUGUUUCUAUGCAAGCUCCGUCCGCAUCUGGAAAUGCUCCCAGUGUAGCGGCUAUAGCCACAAGUACAUCUCUUGGUGCACCUUGGAAGUCCAUGACGGAUGAGGACUUUGUUGCAGAGGACAAGUAUGUCUUGUUAUCGGAGGCGAUCAAGAUUAUCGAUAUCGCGUGUACAUUACGGCUAAAUGACUUUCUAAUCUUCCAGUGGAUGUUUGUGGAUGAUAUCUCGGAGCACGGGUACGCGGAACAGGGACCAAUGAUUUUAAAAAAGUCGUCCUCCGAUUUCAAGCCAUUCCUCAUGGUCGUUGAACAGUUGUAUCCGGAUGAAGUCAGAAGGCAAUUGCGCAACUUUAUAUACCGUUCGCACAAACAAUCCUACUUUAGAAUCUCGCAACGCUCCAUUCUAUCCGUAGGAAGCUUUGGAGAUGUUUCCGAAAUCCCUUCAAAGGAAGAUGAAGAAAAAAGGAGGGAUCUACCAGAACGUAACAGUAUCGACAAGGAUAGUGAUUUGGAUUCAAUCUCUGAAGACGUUCUAAAACACACGGAAAAUAUGAUUGACGUCUCGAUUGAAAAUGAACUCUUGGAAAUCGAUCCGCACAUAGUCGACGCAGAAGCAGAAAUUAAUCUACACCAAAUUUACAAGGCUUGUAAGCGAGUCCACGGGUAA